AUGGCUGCUGAGUCUGAUGUUCUCCACUUCCAGUUUGAGCAACAAGGAGAUGUGGUCUUGCAGAAAAUGAAUCUUUUGAGGCAGCAGAAUUUGUUUUGUGAUGUAUCAAUUUAUAUUAAUGACACUGAGUUCCAGGGACACAAGGUGAUUUUGGCUGCUUGUUCCACUUUUAUGAGAGAUCAAUUUUUACUCACCCAAUCAAAACAUGUCAGAAUCACCAUCUUGCAGAGUGCAGAAAUUGGCAGAAAAUUAUUGCUGUCUUGCUAUACUGGAGCACUUGAAGUUAAAAGGAAAGAACUUCUGAAAUAUUUGACUGCUGCUAGUUAUCUUCAAAUGGUCCACAUUGUGGAAAAAUGCACAGAAGCAUUGUCAAAGUAUCUGGAAGUUGAUCUUUCUAUGAAAAACAACAGCCAGCAUAUUGACCUGUGUCAGUCUUCUGACCUAGAUGUUAAGUACGAAGAAGAAAAAACCGAUAAAGAUGGUGAGAUAAUAGAAAUUUCAGAAGACAGUCCUGUAAGCAUGGAUUUGCACAUUAAAGAAGAAAGCAAUGCAUUACAAACUACAGUAGAGAGCCAAACUUCAGAGAGAGAAGAAAUAAAGACACCAGAAUUGUCUCCAGUAGAUAUAGGUUUUAAAGACAAUGAAAUUUGCAUCCUUCGCGUGGAAUCUAUCAGUACAGAUAAUCUAGAAAAUGGGCAGUUUUCACAGCCUUGUACCUCCACAGACGCAAACAUGUAUUUUUCUGAAACACAGCAUUCACUGAUCAAUUCUACUGUUGAGAACAGAGUAACCGAAAUUUCUGGAAAUCAAAGUCAGGACAUAUUUUGCGACAAUACUGAAGGAAAUCAUGGUUUAGUGAAUGAGAUUCCGAAUCUGGAGGAGAGUUACUCAUUGAGGCAUCAGUGCCCCAGAUGCCCUCGAGGUUUUCUUCAUGUUGAAAACUAUCUGCGCCACCUUAAGAUGCAUAAACUAUUCCUGUGCUUACAGUGUGGCAAAACGUUCACGCAGAAGAAAAAUCUCAACAGGCAUAUUCGAGGGCAUAUGGGCAUAAGGCCUUUUCAGUGUACUGUAUGCUCAAAAACGUUUACUGCCAAAAGUACCCUUCAGGACCAUUUGAAUAUACACAGUGGGGAUCGUCCAUACAAAUGCCAUUGUUGUGACAUGGAUUUCAAACACAAAUCUGCCCUCAAAAAGCAUUUAACCUCAGUCCAUGGCAGAAGCAAUGGUGAAAAACUAUCUAGACCGGAUCUCAAAAGGCAAAAUUUACUGUAA